AUGGUUUUCAUGAAGGACACUCCUGUGCUGUUACCAACUUCUAGACCCAAAAGUAGUAACUGUCGUCCAGAAGCAGUUGAUGGUGGAGAAGAUGGAGGCAAUGAUGGCAGUGCUGAUGAUAAUGACGACAAUGGGGAUGGUGGCUUUGGAGAAGGUGGAGAGGAGCUGUCUUCCGAAGAGGGAGGAGGUUAUGGAAACAAUCCGAAUGGCAACAGUGACAAGUCUAAGAAGGGGCUUGAAGGACAUGCUAAAGAUGAAGAUGAAGAUAAAGACGAAGAUGAUGACGGUGGAGAUGGAGAGAAGGAAGAAGUUGUGGAAGUAGAGGAACCAGAAGAGGAUGAAGAAGAAGAGACCCUCCAGCCCCCAAAGAAGAGGAAGAAGUAA